UCUCGGCUUAAAGAUUCGGAGAAGAUCAUAUCAGUAGCUCUUCUCGUUUCCAAGGAUAACAUGCUGCAGCCUGGAGAAGUCAUAAGACAGCUUCAAUCUUUCUUGGUGAAAGAUUUGGAGCAGAUUAUGUCAAUGUUCAUUUGUAAGGUGUCCAAUUAUCCAUUGUUAUUUUCAUCUCUCAUAAACCCCAAAAAAAAACAUCUUGCUGUUGCAGCAACAAGAUCUCCGGAGCCGUCGAUAUGGGCACAAAUUUGCUGUUUCUUCCAGAGUUCUUGCUGUAUACGUGCAUGAUGGCAUCAUCAUGUUUUGCUUACCAGUUCAACCCAAGCGAGGAAGCAGAGCACAGCUAUCUUCGCUUUGCCGAUGUCAAGCGGCAAUGCCGGUCCGUGCUCACCUCGGCGUCCGAGCUCGCCGAUAACGCGUACCGGGUCAAACGCGUGAAGCGUGAGCUAUCCUUCGAGAAGGGCGACUGGCGCCAGGACGCCGGCACGGAUCCGCUGGUGCCAUUCGACGGCGGCGACGCGGCGGAGGAUGGCCGCCGGCCGCCGCUGGACCCGCUCCGUCUCGCCACGUUCGUGGUCACGCAUGUCGACGACGAUGACGAGCGCCGUGCGCGCAAUGCUGUCAACGUCAGUGGCCUCCUCGUCCUCACGAUCUCCCGGACGAGCGCUUCACCGGAGAUCGGGUACCACGUGCCGGUCGUGUCCUCGCCGGUGUUCGAGCUUUUGCCCGGCAGCACCAAGCUCAGGAUUGUGUUUGAAGGCGUGUACACGGAGGCAGCGAGGUCCGGCAAUGGCGGCGGCGAGAGGGUGUUGUGCAUGGUCGGGGCCGGCGUUCUCCCAACGCGCGGCGCCGACGGUGCCGAUCCGUGGGGCUGGGCCAAGAACUCCGGCCGUGCUGGCUUCCAGCCGCCGGUCGCCACCGACGAGAGCAUGCUGCUCGUGCUACGUUACCCGAAGGAGCUUACACUGACGACCCGAGCGGUGGUCGGCGAGAUGAGGAGCACGCGCGCCAUGUCGGACGCCGCCUACUUCGACACGGUGAAGCUCGUGUCCGGGCCCACCUGGAACCGCCAGUACGAGUUCCGGCGCCCCGAGGAGCUUGCUGCGGCCGCCGGGACGUGCAGGCCGCUCACCUCGAGCGACGACGGCGGCAACCGCGCGAGGGAUCUGUACAAGGGCAGGCAUCUGUGCGACGUCCUGGAACGCUACAUCCAUGGCGUGAUCACCGCGCGCCCAACCUGGCGCCACUGCAACUCGACGGCGACGGGCGCGCCGUGCCCGUUCGAGAUGGACCGCGCAGAGGACGCCGCCAUCGUCGGCAUCGUACUGCACGACCUCCGGUGCCUGGGGUACGACCUCGACAUGGCCGGCAACCCCGGGGGCGUGAAGGUGUCCGUCGUGUUCCGCGCCCUGUCUCCACGGGAGCACUGGUACACGGCGGUGCAGCGCACGGCGCUGAGCGGGGCGACGCUGUCGGCCGAGGGCGUGUGGAACGCGUCGGCAGGGGAGGUGUCCAUGGUGGCAUGCCGCGGCAUCGGCGGCAAGGCGUGCCACUUCCGGGUGUGCCUGUCCUUCCCGGCGACGUUCUCCAUCACCGGCCGCGACAUGAUGCUCGGAGAGAUAACCACCGUCGACGUCAACGAAACCGGCGGCGGCGCACGCUCCUCGCUGUCGUUCCGGCAGCGCAUGCCUCCGCCACGGCUGCAGAGAUGCGUCUCCGGUAUACUGCCAGUGGUAUACAGGUACAACUACACGAAGGUCAAGCUCGCCGGCGAGUUUCUCCGGAGGAACUCGUCGCCGUCCGACUUGAGGGAGAUCAUUGCGAGGUCUCUACCCUUGAGCUAUCCAAACUGCGGCGGCAAUGGCGAUGGCAAGAGAAGCCUGGCCGACCUCGCCGACAGGCUCACGCUCCGGUUUACGGCGAUGCCAAGCUUGUUCUCCCCUCCUGGAUGGAUGGAGCGGCCGGUCCUUCACCUCGAGGUCUUCUUCCUCGGCCAGCUGAUCGAACGAUUCAUGCCAGCAUCCGACGAUGCCACCACGAGAUCAAGCGCAAUACCCGGCGAUGAGCCCUGCUUGCAAGAGCAGCGGCUACUGAACGUGUCGGCGGAGCUCACCAUCUUCGGCGACCUUCGUGUUGCGAGCUCUGCGAUGUCGCUGGAGGGCGUGUACGAUCGAGAGGAUGGCCGGAUGUACCUGAUAGGCUGCCGGGAUGUCCAUCAUCUCCCAUGGCGAAGCUCGUCGGCGAGAAGGGAACUCGAGCUCGAAGAAGGAAUGGACUGUUCGAUCGAGGUGAAAGUGGAGUACCCGCCGCCGACGACGCACUGGUUCGUCAGGUCGACGGCGAGGGUUCAGAUCGCGAGCACAAGGGUCGCCGGCGACGACCCGCUGCACUUCGAUACGGUGAAGCUCAGGGCCCAGCCGGUCCGAUAUCCGCGGCGGUGGCCGGACUUCGUCUCCAGAGCAAUCGUCGACAGUGUCCUUUGUGUCGUGUUGCUGACGGCCACCAUCGCCGCCGCGCUCUGUCAGCUGCACCACCUCAAGCACCACGCCGACGUCGCGCCGUACGUCUCCCUCGUCAUGCUCGGCGUCCAAGCUCUCGGGCUCGUCAUGCCGCUCUUCGCCGGCAUGGAGGCGCUACUGGCACGGGUCACCGUGCAGCCGGAGCUUGACACCACCAGGCCGCUGCCUCCCCCGGGUUCCUCCUACAUGCUCGAUUACAACCCGCCGUACCAGGCCGUCGACCGGACGGCGAAGAUCCUCGCCGUCGCCGAGUUCUUGCUCACCCUGUGCAUCGCGUGGAAGGUGCGGCGGUCGAGGGCGCGCCUGCUGGCCCGCUCGCCGGGCGAGGCGGCGCGCGUGCCGAGCGACGGCAAGGUGUUCGUCUACUGCUCCAGCGCGCACCUGGCCCUGUUCGUGGUCGUCCUCGCGCUGAACAGCAGCCGCGACGCCACCGUCGAGCAGCACGUUGGGCUGAUGCAGGACAUGUUCCUCCUCCCGCAGGUGAUCGGCAACGCCGCGUGGAGCGUCAACUGCAAGCCCCUCGCGGGGAGCUUCUACGUCGGCAUCACCGCCGCGCGCCUGCUCCCGCGCGUGUACGACCUCGUGCGCCCCACGCCGGUGGCGGACGUGUUCUCCGACGACGUCCACGCGUCAGCGACAGCGAGCGCCAUCAGCCGGGAGGGCUUCUUCCCCAGGGCCGGCGACGUGGUGAUGCCGCUCGCCGCCGUCUCGCUCGCUGGCGCGGUGUUCGUCCAGCAGCGGUGGAACUACGCCAUUGUCAGUAGGAUGGGCAACUCAUCACAACAGCAGAAGUUGCAUCACAUCUUCUAAUGCACAGGAGACAUCACUUCUUGGGCUAUAUAUGAGCCUUAAUGGGCCCAAAAUUACUGAUGGGCCGUAAUGAGCCGAAUAAUACUGAUGGGCCAACAGAUUACAGUAUGGGCUGGGGUGACAUGGCAUGUGUUUUCCAUGGUCUCCGGUCAAACCUCCGAGCGGGGGAUCCGGCACAUGGUCAAUGGCGGACUAAUGGUCCCCGUCUGCAGCCUAAGAGCAAGGAUAAUAACGUAGCCGGCUGGCUGAAAGCCACUGCCAUGUCAUUUAGCCAUGCUCUAAAAGCUCACAUGUAUAAUGAGUUGGCUAUAAGCUGACUGAUACAUUACCUAAUUGAAACAUCUAAGCAAUAAUAUAUGCAUGUGCAAAGCAUCCGUUGUGGAGCAGGCGCUGGCUCAAUCGCCAGCAACGGGCUGGAAGCGAGCGUUUCGUCUCGGGUAUGACGCUCCGAGCCAGCGACUCGUGACUCGCCCAUU